AUUAUAUUACAACACUAUAUAAUACAACAACUACAAUAAACAAAGCAACUAUAUUCCUGUACAUUACAGCACAAUAUAAUCAUGUACACCAAAUACAAUAAAGACAUUAGGAUGAGGUACAUAACAACAAAUGCAUGACAACACGUCACUGUACAACAGAUUACAUUACAAUACUUUAUAAUGCAAUCCAUUAUAAGAAGUACAAUACAAUGUAAUACAAUGCAGUAAAUACAAUUUAAAAAAUUCACAAUAAAAGACAUUACAAUAACAUUCUAUGCAAUGCUAUGCGAUACAUUACAAUACAGCACAUUACAAAACAAUACAAUAACCAUAAUAAUCAUAAAACCAUGCUAUACAAUACAAUAUAAUGCAGUAAAUUAUCAUAAAUGCUGUACAAUAUAAUGUGUUAAUUUAUAUAGUACAAUGCAAUAAAUAUAUUAUCAUACAAGACAAUUUUAUUUAUGCCGGAAGACGGACGGGGUUAAGAUGAGAGGAGAGACAAAAUAUGUCCAAAGACAACCUGAGCGAAAUGUCACUGGUCGCGAGGUCAAAGUUGACAGUCAUUGCACAUCUCGUCGAUCAUGUUUUCAGGGGACACUACAAUUUAUGCCCUUGCCUACAGACCUUUAAAAAAAGAGGAGAAAAACACUGGUAUUAAAAUUCGUGUCACAAACUCAGAAGCACAGGGCUGUGCGACUGAAGUUCAUCACUCGUGAGCCUGUCUGUCUUUAUGGCCAUCCAGACAAGAGACGUCAGUGGCGGACAAGAACCUCACUGCGAGCGCCUGGCAACCAGGUUAGUGUUUCUCGGGUUUAUAAAGAGCAGGACAGGGUGUAAUAGGGCUGGCGACAAAUCGUGUGACAAUUUGAAGUCUGAGUUCUUGGAUACACGACAGUGCCGACAGGCAUGUGUUCAGGCGGGACAACGCGAGCAGAACGAAACCAGACGGCGUCUUUCACGCCUUUUUGGAUGCACGAACCACUCUAACCUCUUUGCUUCAGAGUGAGAUGGGACUGUCAAGGACGUUAAUAAUGUCUUGCCGCUGACUCAUUUACUUACACGAACAACCACAUCAUAUCCUUCAGGAUAUUUUCAGAAAUGUUAUCGAAAUCUGAAACUGGGAAUUGAUCAACAAUGCGACGAGACAUGUCGGACAAGACGAGAGCCGCCAUUGUUUCCUCCUAAUUGACCUCAACACAUGUAAGCCACAGAACGUGAAGUGUAACACUCAGGGUGGCCAUGAGGAUUUUCCAUCGUUUGCGACGUGGUAACACUCGUUGUAGCUGGCGUUGCUGGUUUUUGGUGGCCGUGACUCUUGUGGGCGGAGAUGACAAGCCAUGGAAUGGUCUUCCUUUCUGCGCUUCGGGGCUGGGAAUAUGUGAGCAGCAAUGGACGAAAGUUUACGAGAACGACCACCAUGGCGACCAGGUAUCGGGGAGUCUGUCGGCGCUGAGGACCGCCAUCAUCAGGGGAUCCGUGGUACGGACAUCCUUGAGCCGUGUGGACGGCGCUGAGGACGGGAGUUUUGUGGUCGUGGAGGCAGACAACGCAGUAGUGGUGGGAGACCACGUCUGCGUGCAGACCUUGCCGGUUCUGAACUACUUCCCCUGCCCUCUUCCUGGCCAGGACAAGGGCGAGUGCCUGUGGGAGGUGCUGGCCUGUACGACGUCACACGCUCAUGCGCUGGGGGUAAGUGUGGGCGGAGCCAGGAUCGUGAUCAGCAGGCACUUCAAGGUAUCGGUGGCCUGGUUUACCAAAUCCUGGACCGUCUGCAACUCUGGUGGAGGUCAUUGCCCUCGCGACGAAGAAGACGUGGAAGGGUCAGCUUUCAGCGACCCCUUGUGGCCCGUGUAUGCGCAUUACGUCACGGGGGAGCCAACCGCAGGAAGGAACAUCUCUCUCCUCCUUCAAGCAGUGGGGAUGGGACGGGAAGUGCGCGCAGUCAUGCGUGACCGAGGAUACGCUUUCUCCCUUCACGGCGUUCGCUGGAGUGUGACCGACAGAUGGGUCGCCGGUCACAGCGUGCUGCACGUGGGCCAGCACCGCAACGGCUUCCACGUGACCCUCCUGGAGGACACACCUUAUCGGUGGUUGUCGUCGUGGAGCACGACGGGAAAGCGGUAUAACUCCCGCUGGGCGCUGGGUGGACUGGUCAGUCGGGGCUCCAACGUGGACCAUGCAGCGCUGGACUGGGUGGCGGAUCCCUGCUGGCGUCACGUGUACACCAACGGUCCAAAGGGUCAGUGGGUGCGUGGCUCUCUGGAUGAGCUGCUGGCGUCCGUUAGAAACGGUCACCGCGUCAGGGUCGUCGUGGGCAGCUUGGCGGCGGAGGCUGACGUCGUGCGCGUCAGGGGAGGCCACCUCGCUGCACAGCUGCUGAUGCAGUUGUCGCCUCUCUCGGAGGACAAUGACGACCACAUUCUCUUGCACGAGGAUACCAGAUGGCGGUGGCGGAUGGUACACACCACGGGCACGGUGACGCAGCACGAGCUGCUGGUGAGUAACCUCACGGCGCUGAGUGGCGCCACCUUCUCCGCUCUCGUCGCCUGGUACGUCGACGCUCGUCCUUGGGAGCGCGUGCUGCAGCAGCGGGCAGGGAGCUCGGUAUCCGGCAACGCCAGUGACGUCACAUCCGCCGUGCUUUCCAGCGCGAAACUGAGGCUGCGCCUGGCCCACGACGCGCGGAGCGAAGUGUUCGCGUCGGCGUCCAGCGUCCACGUGACCGGAAGUGGCUCUGAGGCUGUUGUCAGGGCGCAGGUGCUGCGUUACCUGGGCGACGAGGAGCACGGAGAGUCGGAGACGCGUUUCCAGACGAUGAUGACGUGGUGGAUGCUGAACGUGGACACGACAGGCUUGGUGGCCGUGUCUGCCUGGUCGGUUAGUCACGAGGUGCAACUCUUUAAUCUAACCUUGACUUCUGACACUGACUGGUUCGUGAACUUCUGAAAUGUCUUUCCAUGACCCCUCCAGAGAGGGUAGAUAUAGAGAGGCUGCACUCUGGUAGCAUCACGUUUCGAAGGGAGGGAAGCAACUUUUCUUAACAAGUAAGGACAAAGGAGUGCAGCCUCUCUGUAUCUACCCUCUCUGCCCACCCUCCAUGGAAAAGAAAGUCGACAAUUGUGUGUGUGCACUUUUCCCGACAUCGCGCGGUUUGAAAGCUUCACAAACCGGAUCUACUGCCUCCAUAUUUUCCUUGUCUGCUUGCUGUAUAGAAACAUGAAACAAAAAGAUAUCUGAUGAGGUCUUUACAUCCGAAUCUCUUAAGCGAUAUGUAAUUCCUGCUUGAAAGUACCACAAGCGUUUUGUGAAUGUGUCUGUGUCCAUUUAGUUAAUAAACCCAUGGUGAAUGUACCAUUGUUUAAUUGGUAUAUAGGCCCCAUGUGAAUGUAUCUGUGUCCAACUAGUAUAAUAUAAUGUGAAAGGGCCUUUGUCUAAGUGGUAUAUAGGCUUUUUAUAAAUGUGCUUGUGUCUACUUGAUAUACCGGUCCUUAAAUACUAUCCUCAGUCUCAGCUAUGUACGAGACUUCCUCCUCAUUUUCUCCUAGACUUCCAUUUUCUUUGUUGCCAUU